UCUUGCUUGCUGCUUCCCGCUCGGAGGGGCUGGAGCCGGGGUGCGGAUGCUGGAAGUUCACAUCCCGUCGGUGGGACCCGAGGAUCCCAGGCAGAGCCCAGAGAAAGGCCACAUGGUGUUCCGAGUGGAAGUGCUGUGCCGCGGGCGCAGGCACAUCGUGCAGAGGCGCUACAGCGAGUUCCACGCGCUGCACAAGCGGAUCAAGAAACUGUACAAAGUGCCCGACUUCCCCUCAAAACGCCUGCCUAACUGGAGGAGUAGAGGAUUGGAGCAGCGGCGGCAGGGCUUGGAAGCCUAUAUCCAGGGUGUCCUGUACCUGAACCAGGAUGUGCCCAAGGAGUUACUGGAAUUCCUGAAUCUUCGGCACUUCCCCACAGACUCUAAGGCCAGCAGCUGGGGCGCCCUGGGGGAGUUCCUGCCGAAUGACAGCAGCUCCCAGCUGCACCACCGGCCUGUCAUCAGCUUCUACACGGAUCCCUACAUUUGCAGCCCAUCCUCAGAGCCUCUGCCCAACGUGGUGGUGAAUGGUGUACUCCAGGGCCUCUACGGCUUCAGCAACAGGCCAGCUGAAGCUCAGCCAGAGGCACCUUGUCAUCCUGCUCCUUUGCCAACGAUGCCCUGACCAGCCCAGAGGCCUAUGGGCCACCUGCCAGGACAGGCACAUGCCUCAGUGUAUGUGCCCCCUUCUCAGAGGAGGGGGGUCCCCCGGCCCAGACCCAGGACUUACCCACCCGAGGUGUCAGGGCAGGGACAACAGGGGAUAAGGAAUAAAGGGAGAAGUCCAUUUAGAGGUAGGCAAUGAAAAGGAAGAGGUGUAUUUCUUCCCCUACACCAGAAGGGGGCAAGGGGCAAAAAGUGGCACCUUAGUGGCAAAGGUUAGAAGCAAGGAGCAAAAAGUUUCUGGUUGCUAUUUGUGAGUAGUUAUUGGGGAAGGAGGGUUCAGACCAGAGCCCCCGAACAGGGGACAGCACCCCCUGCCACAGGAUCCCAGACAUUCUGGGACAGGGACUUCAGCAGCUGUUGCAGGCCCAAGAAUCCAGCCCACACAGUGAUUAUAAAAAAACCAUCUUUUUUUUUUAAUUGGUCAGCAUUGGUAGGACUUUGUUACAAAACCAGGCCAGUAGGUAGGCCUGCGGAAUGUGCGGGGAGGGGUCCACUCUGUCAGAGGCCAGCACUGGGGCCAGUGCAGCACGGAACCCUGCGGCAGCCGGUCUCCACCCAGGGGAAGGCAACAGGGCCGCA